AUGGCACCAUUUUAUCGAACAAUAUGUUAUAGUUUCAUCAUAUAUUCGUGCAUUUUUUAUCGAUUAACAUAUUCAGAAGUACCAGUAGUAUCAUCGAUAUCUUCAAUAGCAUCUAAUUCAAAUGACACAGCAAGCUUUACGAAUACACCCAUUUUUACUAAUUCAACAUUGUCUUCGAAUUCAACUGCAUUUUCGAAUAGUUCAACAUCAGUUAAUACUACUAAUUCAACAAAUUCGUUAAAUAUAUCAAUAACGACAACUACAACAGUUGAGAGCUCUACAAAUACAAUUAUUCCAACAAAUCAAUCAACAAUAUCUAAUGUUGAUAAUACUCGUCCCACAGACGCAUCAUCAAGACCAGGCUGGUGGUUAUUAGUUGCCCUUCUUAUAACAAUAGCCAUCGUUCUUAUUGCUGGUGUUAUUUUCUAUUAUCGACAACAAUCUCCAUACAGACGAUUUCUUCGAAAUUGGCGAUCACGUGAUGAUGAUACAGAUAAUAUUAUUUUACAACUUGAACAAUCAGAACUAACACCUGGACAAUGGCCACCUAGAAUCUCUUUUACUUAA